AUGUCCUCGGCAGCUACAACUAACCGUCAAGUUCCAUACGUUGAAAAUAAUAAUUGGGAAAAAAAUAAUGAAACAACAUCUGGGAAGGAAUGCAAUUUGUCGCAAUUUCAUGGUGGAUUCCAAAAAGUUGACGAUCAAACGUCAAUCAAGAAAGAUGCCGUGGGUGGAGCGCCUUCGCCGAACGAAGUCGCACAGUCAUCGAUGGGUGCCGCGGAGCCUUGUCAGGAUACUAUGACGAGGGUCCAAGCAGGCGGGGAUAAUGCGGAUUAUACUGAGAACAAAAUGGCCGCUGCUCCCGAAGUGCAAGCAUAUUAUCCUUGGAUGAAAGGAGUCAGUGGGGAUACUAAAAAGGAAGGUUCAAAAAGAACAAGACAGACUUACACCAGAUUUCAAACACUAGAGUUGGAAAAAGAGUUUCACUUCAAUAAAUACUUAUCUAGACGACGAAGGAUCGAAGUGUCACAUGCAUUAGGAUUGACAGAACGUCAAAUCAAGAUUUGGUUCCAGAAUCGGAGAAUGAAAGCGAAGAAAGACGGAAAACUUACCACUUCGCCGGAACCCUUCGCUUUAGAUGAUAUCGGUGCUACGAAGUUAGGUAACAAUGUAUCUGAAUACAUAGAUCCGCGGCAACAAAUUGGUUUGCCAGAAUAUCCCAAUUAUCAUGCCGGUUCGGUGCAACCAAAUAUAGGUCACAUACCGGAAAAUAUGUCACAUUGCAUGAUGCCGCCAUAUGGCGGAAUGCUACCGAAGAUGUGA